AUGGCUCAGGGCUCCGGCAAAGUCCUCGAGGGCAUCUUCGCCAUCAGCAAACCCCAGAGCCUGUCAUCUGCUCAAGUCCUCCGCGACUUGCAACACAAAUUUGCCGAGUCCAAGAUCUUCGCUCCUCUGCUUCAGGAGUCUCAGAACAUGCGCCAGCAGAAUAAUAACAAGAGAAAGAGGCAUCUCAGCAAUGACAACAUCUUCAAGAUGGGCCAUGGAGGCACUCUCGACCCACUAGCCACGGGCAUCCUGAUCGUCGGCCUUGGCCGAGGUACCAAACACCUGAUACAAUUCUUGGAAUGCAAGAAGACAUACGAGACGGUGGUGCUAUUCGGGAAAAGUACGACCACCUAUGAUGUUGCUGGACAAGUUGUCGCAGAAGCUCCUGCGGACAUGGUCACUAAACAAGUCGUGGAAGAGCAACUUGCCAACUUUCGGGGGCAACUGAAGCAGAUCCCACCAAUCUAUAGUGCUAUCAAGAUCGAUGGCAUGAAGCUCUACGAUUAUGCACGAAGUGGCAGAGAGCUCCCCCGAGAGUUGGAAAGCCGGGGAGUGGAAGUUACCGAGUGCACUCUCCUAGAUUUUUACGAAGCCGGCCAGCAUGAUUUCAGAUAUCCGGCCGAACAAGCGUCUGAGGAAGAGAAAAUGACUGCAAACAAACUUAUGCAAGGGGCGGAAGCAACGAAAAAACUGCUUGCGGAGCAGGCACCUAAGUCAGUGGCGCCAAAGGUCGCACACGAAGAAAAUUGUCUCCCUCGAGAUCAAAAAGCAGCAUUACAUACCCAUCCCCUACCGACACAAGAAGCGGAACCAGCACAAGCGCCCGCCGCACGGAUACGUCUGACUGUGAGCAGUGGCUUUUAUGUGCGCUCCUUUGCACAUGAUCUCGGUAUAAGUUGCGGAUCGCUUGGUACUAUGGCAGCAUUGAGCAGAAGCAGUCAGGCGGAGUAUACAAUUGCCGACCCUGCUCCAGAGGGAUUCACCACGGCCCUUACCAUGGAUGAUAUGGAGGCAGGUGAGGAUGUUUGGGCUCCCAAGAUUUCCGCUAUGCUUGAGCCAUGGCUAGAAUCAACCCCACCAACUGAGACGCCAAACGAUAGGAAUUUUCCGAGGCACUUCGAUGGCAGAAGGGGUGGGAUGGGCGGCCGAGGAGCUCAAUACAGAGGGAAGGGCUCGAAACGAAGCUGGAGUGAAGGGGGCAGAGACCACGAGUAUACGCCCAAGCGAGCAAGACGGCGCAAUAGCUCAUCGCCUGAAGUGUGA